UGAAUGAAUAUGCAAAAAUUCGCGUCCCGAUUGCGAGACGUGAACUUGAGCAUUGCACGAAUUUAUUGCUUCGAUUGCUUCGCGAAAGCUCUUGUUGUAGGUGGACUAAAUACGUGAACUUCAUUUUUGAUAUAAAAUAACCGCGGAGAUCUACAACUGACAUCACAAACAGUUCAUCUCUCUCAAGUCGAGCAUCACACUUGCAAUCGUUGGAAUCGAAAAUGCGCGCCUUCAUUGUAUUAGCUUUGUUCGCCGUAGGGCGUGCUGAUGUUGGUGGCUACAAUUACCCAUCUGCCGGUGGUUCGCUUGGCGGUUUGGGUGGCUCCCACGGCAGUGAUGGUGCUGCACUCUUGAGUGCACCCAUUGGUGGUCAUGGCGCUGGACCCGUAAGCAGUGGGGGAAUUGGUGACUUUGGUAGCCCACUGAGCGCACCAGUUGAUGCCGGUCAUGCAGCACCAGCUCCAGCUGCACCUGAAUUCCAGAAGGAAUUCUUCACCUACACCGCACCAGAAGCUGACUUCGAUGAUGAUAAGUCUCUGGGUGACUUGUCUGGCUCGUUAAAGAAGAACUUGCGUGUCGUCUUCAUUAAGGGACCCGAAAACAAUGGACUCUCAGAAGCUGCCAUCCAAUUGGCUAAACACGCCGGUGAAGAGAGAACCGCCAUCUAUGUGUUGCAGAAACAAAACGACAUCUCUGGCUUGGCUCAACAAUUGCAGAAUCUCAACAGACAAAACACCAACAAACCCGAAGUGCACUUCGUUAAGUACCGCACACCCGAAGAUGCGGCUCACGCUCAACAUGCCAUCCAACAGCAAUACGACGAUUUGGGUGGAAAAUCCGUGUCGCAUGACGGUGGUUUGGCCCCAGUGCAUAACUAUGCUUCCCCAGCUGCACCUGCUGCACCCGUCGCUCCCUCCAACUCGUACAUCCCACCCGCAGCACCUGUAGCACCUGAAGCUCCUGCCGCUCCAGUCGCCCCAGUUGCACCAUCGAACUCGUACAUCCCACCGGCAGCACCUGCCAAUACCUACAUUCCUCCCGCCAGCCAGCCACAGGCACCAAGCAACGCCUACUUGCCUAUCCUCAAGUUCUAAGGUACAUUUGGAGUUAUGGCCAUUCAAAGUAAAUGGCUUAAGUCAGAGAAAUCUCCCGCUUACCCUCAUUGUAUAAUAAUGUUCAUGAAUGUGUUGCACAACUAGUUUUAUUUUGUACAUAAUUAGUUAAUAAAAAACUUAAAUCAAUUUUAACAAACUUUGUCUCAUUUAAAUAUUUUAUCUGCGCAUAAUUUAUAUUCCGUUCGUAACCCUGACCUUCGUCAAGUGACGUUUGAUGUUGAGGAACACGUGUAAAAUGUUGUUGUUAUCUAAGCGCAGCUUCAUUUGCAUACAGAAAAUUACUCUAAAACACCCAACAAAUAAAAUAAACAACAACACAACUAAAGUGAGGUGAGCAUCUUCAAAAAUCUGAAUAUUCAUUGCUUGCUAAGUGAUUCGCGCGCUGAAACGAGGUAAAGUGGAUCAAAAAAGUCGGUUGACAAAUUAAUGAAAUUUAGAAGGCAGCUACUACGUGGUUGUUAACAACUAGACGGGUAGCAAUAUUUGAUUUAAGUUAGACAAGGGUUAUACUGUGUGCAAAAAUAGUAAGACUUUUUAGUUUAAAUUUCGAACGAAAAUAGAGUUAAAGUACGAUUGGUUCCAAAUCACUUAAUUUUUUCGAAAAACCGCGUCAUGUUAACGUCUGUAAACAAUGUCUUCUGACUACCA